AUGCCUGGAAUAUUGAUAAUGGCGCCGAACGAGAAGCAAGGCGCUAGUAAGGGAGGUCCUAGUAAGAACUUCUAUGCAUAUAGAGAGCCCGGAACUUCCGACUCCGAAUAUGAGAAAAUCAAACGAAACAUGCUUGAUUACCGUAACACCAUGGAUCGAGUACUAGAAAGACAUUACGCGCCGCCCAAUUGUAAUGCGGCGUUGCAAAAGGAGAAAACGGAGUCUCUGAGGAAAAGCAAGGAUGUACAGGAAUCAAAGAGCGUCAUGACACCAGAAGCCAAGCAAGCAAAGCCGCUGGGAAAGGACAGAGUGGAUCGCGAUGGCAGAGGAAAGGGCGCAGAGAGUGGCCGAGAGCGUCAAUCGCAGGGGCGCUCGUGA